UGCACAGGCAAGUACUAAAAAAUAAUAAUAAAUCGUUUAUUAAAAGAAAAAAGAUAAAAUUACAUAACUAGCUCAGUGGUCCCACACUAGGCUAGGCCUGUAUCGUGGUGACCGCUCUACAGACUGCAACUGCAACUCUACUAACUGCAAAAAAUCGUAAGUAAUAUGUUCAAAUUCUCCAAUUUUAACGUGAAAUAUAAAAUAUUUAGAGAGCAUCGCCAAGCGGCCCGACCAAUCCACAAACCGAAGUAUUGACAUGCGGCUGUUAAAAUCAAAAAAAUACCUAUCGAUUCCUGAAAUUCAUAAGAAAACAGGCGUUAACGUAGGCACAGUUUAAAAUAGACUUUAAUUGUUGACUCACUUACGGUUUAAGCUAAUUUAAUUGUCAAUACUAACGCUAUGGCAUCUCCAAUGUAAAGUAAACCCUAAAUGGCUCAAUGAUUAAAAUCUGUGUACAUAACUUGUUGUACUAAGAAAAUAACUUCUGAACCUUAUUUUAUCUCAUAUAAAUCAUGAGUUUCGUAUCUUACCAUAUUUAGGGAAUGUUAUCGGUAACAUUGGUAACUUACUCGUAAUAUUCCCAAAUGGAAACUUACCCGUAGCGCGAAUGUUUCCGCAGCCCAUUACUAAUUCCUCCUUUUAUUAAUUAAGGGUCAUCUGGGUUUUUUAUGUGUUAAUAGUAAUAGAAUGUUCUUGUUUAAUUAACUAUUAUUUUCCUGACCUCGGAAGCCCAAGUCCUGGGUAAGAUUUAUCAGUUUGGUUGGUGUUGGAGGUGCGAGCGCGCGGUGCGGCGGGCGCCGGACGGGAUUUCUCGCGACACAGGCUCGGCACGCGCGCGGCCCGCACUCGCCGCUGCGCUGCCACUGCACUCCUGGCGCGUCCGCCGGCCGGCCGGUCGUCUUUCCUCGGCCUCCGAGACCGCCCCCGCACCUCCAAUUGCAUACACGGUGUCGCAACGAAAAAAACUUAUCUGAACUUUGUUCCGAAAAAUUACAAUGAGACUUCUAAUUUACUUUAAGUUUCUUUUACUUUUAAAGUUAAGUUUAACAUCGGGCCAAGUUUGCCCGCCAAAAUGCGAGUGCGUCCGAAACGCGGUGCGGUGUCUGCGCCAGGGGCUGACUGUCGUGCCGAAAGUUCCAUCAGACAUACAUACUCUAGAUCUCCGUUUCAACAAGAUCUACGACGUCGGGGGAGGCGUGUUCUCGCACAUGCACCAGCUGCGCUCGCUGCUCCUCAACGACAACCAGUUGCGCGCGCUGCGCUCCGGCGCCUUCCACGGCUUGCGCCGCCUCAAGUACCUCUAUCUCUACAGGAACCGCAUAAAGACUAUCGACCCUGAUGUCUUUAAAGGCUUGCCGCAUUUGGAACAACUCUACUUGCACGUCAACGAAAUCCAUGAGAUACAAGCAGAUACGUUUUCAAACAUGCCCCGCCUGGAACGCUUAUAUCUGCACAACAACCGCCUGGAGCACGUUCCCUUCGGCUCGUUUACUGGCAUGCCGAAGCUGCGCAAAUUACGACUGGACAGCAACGCGCUGGUCUGCGACUGCAGCGUGCUGUGGCUGGUGCGUAUGCUGCGCGCGCACGCCGCCAUGAACGUGGCCGCAACCUGCUACGGCCCGCCUCACCGUCUCGGCACCUCGCUCGCGAGCCUCAGGGAAUAUGACAUGCAUUGCAAGCAACCCGAAAUACACGAAGGGCCCGAAGACGUAGUGGUGGAAUUUGGCAAGGAUGCUAUAUUUACUUGUACCGCCGCCGGGGACCCAAGGCCCGAAAUAGUUUGGUUUCGCGACUCCAUGGCCCUUCCUCUAGACGCGACCCGAUAUGAAGUGCAGUCCAACGGCAGCCUUAUGAUACAUAACGUGGAUGAGACGGACGUCGGAAUCUUCGAGUGCAUGGCUAAAAAUCCCUCUGGAGAAGCGCGUUCAAGACCCGCGAGGAUGAUGAUGAUGAUACAUGACGAGCCUAAAGAGAAUGAGAUUCCCGUUUUCAAGAUCAGGCCUAAAAGUCAAGUGGUCAAAAAAAGAAACGUUCGAGUUAGGUUCGAUUGCGUAGCUAAAGGAAAUCCACCGCCUCAUAUCGCCUGGUACUUCAAAGGCACUAGGCUUUUACUUGACCCUCGAACGGAUUUAAAGCUGAACGGCUCGAUUUUCAUCGAUGACGUGCAAUACGUCGACGCUGGAGAAUACACAUGUGUAGCGGAAAAUAUACUUGGCAAAGUGAAUGCAUCAGCUGAACUUCAAGUAUUAGUUUCCCCUUCAUUUAGAAAUGUACCAAAAGACAUAACAGCUUCUGAAGGUGAUAAGGUUGAAUUCACUUGUUCGGCUCGAGGAUCACCAAAACCUGUCAUAAGCUGGUUCAUGAACACCAUGACACUACCAACAAGCGAUAACUACGUCUUCACGAAUGAAAAUGAAAAGUUUACCAUUCUCGAAGUGACAAAGGACGACGCCGGGAUUUAUCAUUGCAGAGCGGAAAAUUCCGAGGGCAUUACAGAGAUUUCCGCAGUUCUAAAUGUAGAAGAGUUUAAAGUUAUACCGCCUCGCAUAGUUCUUAAACCGGUCGACACUGAUGCUUACAAAGGAACAUCAGUUCAGUUACCGUGUGAUGUUGAAAGUGACCCUCCUGCCUCCGUGGAAUGGACCAAAGACGGGUCGUCAAUUUUGUUGGAGGACCGAAUUUCGAUAACUUUGAUCGGGAGUUUAAUUAUAAAUAAUUUAACCCUAAGUGACACCGGCCGGUAUGAAUGCUUGGCAUCUAAUGAAAACGGUAAGGAUACAGCAUCUCUGUUUUUAUCCGUAAAAGAUCACACACUUCCAGGAGAGCAAUAUGUAAACAUAGCAUUGACUGAAGCCACCAGAGACAUAGAUCAAGCUAUCGCUAGAACAGUUAAAGAAAUAUUUCAGAACACCUCGGCAAAAAAAGAUGUCCACGAACUUUUUAGGAUAGCUCACUUCCCAAACGCACCCGCACGAGAACUAGCUCGUGCAGCUGAAAUUUAUGAACGUACUUUAGACAAAGUAAGAGAUUUUAUCCAAGAUGGCUUAAACGUAACUUCGGUAGAACCAUUUAAUUAUAAUAAUGUUCUUGGUCAGCAAAAUUUGGACUUAAUUGCACGGCUAUCAGGCUGCACGGCACACCGGGAAAGUAAAGAUUGUUCAGAUAUGUGCUUUCACAACAAAUACCGCAGUAUCGACGGCAGUUGCAAUAAUUUUGUCCAUCCUAUGUGGGGUUCAUCUUUGACAGGUUUUCGACGAAUACUUUUUCCUAUAUAUGAGAAUGGUUUCAGUCAACCAGUGGGUUGGAAUAAAGGGGUGAAAUAUAACGGAUUUGAACUACCAAGUGCUAGAUCUGUAUCUACCUCUAUUAUAACUACAACAGAGAUAUCUCAGGACAUUGAGAUUUCCCAUAUGGCUAUGCAAUGGGGCCAGUGGCUGGACCACGACUUGGAUCACGCGCUACCGUCUGUAAGUUCACAAACAUGGGACGGUGUAGACUGCAAAAAAACAUGUGAUUAUGCAGCACCAUGUUUUCCCAUUGAUGUUCCAAAUAAUGAUCCUCGUAUCACUAAUCGCCGGUGCAUUGACUUUAUUAGAACUAGUUCGGUAUGUGGAUCGGGACUGACGUCCGUCUUAUUUGGGAGCCUGCAGCCGAGAGAACAAAUUAACCAACUUACUUCAUUUAUUGAUGCUUCACAAGUAUACGGAUUCGAAAGUGCUGUUGCUACUGAUCUUCGAGAUUUGACUAAUGAGAAUGGAUUAUUGCGUGUUGGUGUUACAUUCCCUGGAAGAAAGCCGCUAUUACCUACCACAGGGAUAAACGGUAUGGACUGCAGACUAAACCUUGCAGAAAGCGACCGCGCUUGCUUCGUUGCGGGUGACAUCAGAGCCAAUGAACAAAUUGGCUUGGCGGCUAUGCAUACUAUCUGGAUGCGGGAACACAAUCGUCUCGCCUUGCAGUUGAAAUCUUUGAACUCAUUUUGGGACGGAGACAAAGUGUACCAGGAGGCAAGGAAAAUAGUUGGAGCCGAAAUACAAAUGAUAACUUACACACACUGGUUACCGAUUAUUCUUGGUAGAGAAGGUUACAAAAAGUUGGGAGAUUAUAAUGGAUAUGAUAACAACUUGAACCCUUCAAUUUCAAACGUGUUCGCUACAGCGGCACUAAGAUUUGGCCAUUCCAUGAUUAAUCCAAUAUUGCAUCGUUACGAUGAGGACUUCGAGCCCAUUCCACAAGGGCAUUUGCUGCUGAGAAAUGCAUUCUUUGCUCCCUGGAGACUUGUCGACGAAGGCGGAGUAGAUCCCUUAAUCCGAGGUAUGUUCACAACACCGGCUAAAUUGAAAACUUCUACUCAAAAUCUAAACUCGGAACUAACUGAGAAGCUCUUUUAUUCGGCCCACGCAGUUGCACUAGACCUUGCUGCUAUUAAUAUUCAAAGAGGACGUGAUCACGCUAUUCCUCCGUACACGAAAUGGAGACAAGUUUGCAACAUGACAGAAGUUAAAGAUUUUGAUGACUUGUCUGUUGAAAUAUCUGAUCAAAAUGUACGAGACAAACUUAAGGAACUUUAUGGAUCUGUUCACAACAUCGAUGUCUGGGUAGGAGGAAUUUUAGAAGAUCAGGUAGGCGGAGGUAAAGUUGGCCCCCUUUUUAGCUGCCUUCUAAUGGAGCAAUUUAGGCGUUUGCGAGAUGGAGAUCGAUUAUGGUAUGAGAAUCCAAAUGUAUUUAAACGUGAACAAUUAGAUCAAAUAAAAAAAACAAGUCUAGCUCGCGUGUUGUGCGAUAAUGGUGACAAUAUUGAUACGGUCGGUGAAAACGUAUUUUUGAUUCCUGAAGCACAAGAUGGAAUGGUAUCCUGCGAUGACCUGCCUUCAAUAGAUAUUCGAUUUUGGGCGGAUUGCGAAUCGUGUGGAGAUUAUAGAGAAAGUAAUACUUUGUCGCGCUCGCGUAGGGCUACGGUGAACGAGACAUUCCACGAUGAGCGUAUAUUUGAUUUAGAACAAGCAAAUGAAGACUUAAAAGAAACUGUGGCCGCUCUUUUGAACAGGAUUGAACAGCUCGAGGAAAUUGUACAGGAAAAUAAUAAAAACACUGACAAUUAACACCUAAUAAGACUCGAAGAAAUAACAUAUACAAUUAACGUAAUAUAUAAAAAUGUAUCUCUACAUAAUGAGUCAUAAAAAAUAAAAAAAAUUAACGAGCGUGACCGAUAAAACUAGUAAAUUAGACACGCCAAAAGCACAUUUUUGGUAACUACUGCGUCAUAACCUUUAGAUGAGUACCACAAGAGCAAACCGAGGCUAGAAUUGAGACAGUGCAAUAUUUUAACACUGUCUGAUUUUUGUACUUCAGUUUCAAGUUGGUUUGUUACUUACUCACAAAGCUUUUCUAGCCAAAUUACUUUUAUCGGUCCCGCUCUUGUCAUACUUGUACACAAUGCAUAUUAAGAAAAACUAAUAUUAAUCAAUAGUCCACAUUUGUAAAAUAAUAUACCUUAAAAAAGACCUUUGGGGUAACUAUAAUAAAUAAAUAAACCAACCUAUACUCCUGUUCGUAACUUGAGACUUUAUAAAGGAUUAAUUUGGCUCGAAAUCCUUUUUUGAUACCGCGAGGUACUUUAACUUGAAUUGAAUAGGAUUUAUUAUUAAUUACCGAUAUUAUUUACCUGUCACUAGUAGUAUAUAACGGUUUUGUAACUAUUAACUUUAACAAUUUGUCGUAGCAAUUGCUAAAUAUUGGUUAACACAUUGUUACAAGUUUGAAAUGAUUCUAGGGUCCGUCUAGUCUACGUCAAGUCUGCAGCAACUUGGCAGCGAUAAGUGGGGCAGCGUCACCAUAAACGUAAUAUUUAUUAUUAUGUUUACGGUGGCGGUACCACGUGUCGCUGCUAAUUCGCUGCAGAAAGAUUUCAUGCCACGCGCCAAAUACGGCGCUGCUAUGAGAUAGCGUGGUCGGAGUCUAGACGGAUUUGAUUUUUAUUUUUAAUUACUUAAAGUUGCAAUACGUUGCCUUCAUUUGCUUUCCAUUUUAGCGGGUAAGUAGUCUAGUCUUUAUCUGUAAUAGUGUUUAAGAUUGACCUUACAAUAACUUACGCAUGUGCUAAUAUUUACAGGUUAUUUUAUAAAUCUUUAUCUCUAAUUAUAUCUUUUUACAUGUUUGUUUCGUGGUCUUGGUAAUAUAUGAGGAUGACUCGGAUUUUAUCAUCAGAUAAGUAUUUAUUCAUAAUUACGUCUAAAAUUAUACCUACCAGUUUUAUAUUUAUAUCAACUAACAGUUAAAAUACAAAACAAAGGAUAGGAGGGGUGGGAGAAAAAUUGGGGCAAUGUAUACUUAUAUAAUAUACUGUUUCUCUGUCCGCGAGCAAAAUAAACUAUGUUUAUCUUACCCCACAUGAGCUUGUCUUGAAGUUAAGUAGACUAAGAGAGAAAGUAAUAUUUGUAUUUAUUUCUGUUUCUUUUUGAAAUAUAAUUUUUCGAUAAAAUAUUAGUCAUCCGAUCAUUUAUAGAUAGGUAAGUCUUCUUCGAAUGUAUGGUCUAAUAUCCAGCUUUAACAAAACUGUAUUAGGUACUUAAUAACUGGAUUAUUAUAUACAAUAAUAACAUAUUAUAGUAAUAUAUGUAAAUUUGUAUAAAAAAUGAAAUGGUAACACGGAAUGACCACGAUUACUAGCAAUGGAUAAUACCUAAAGUGGUUACCAAACAAAAAAUAAAAUCUAGAUUUAUGUCAAGUUGAGACAAAAAAUUGAGUCGAGAAAAGUUGUUGGCGAAACAACUAGAGAAAAGUUGUUGGUGUUGGAUUUGUUUUACUGGAGGGGUCAACUAACUUCUGUAGAGAAGUACCACAGUAGAAACCAGCAGUUUUAGGAAUGUCGUAAAGCUAGAAAAGUUGAUUUGACUAGUCUAAUUCUAAACUGGUCUAAUCUAAGUGUUAAUUGUUUUGGUGCCUUGAAGGGACGCAAUUGCUGGUCCAAAGCACCGCAUGAGACUCCCUCGAGCCUCGGUUUGCCAUCCCAUGGUUUAGCGUGAACUGAGAAGCACUAAGACUGCGUAGUGGAAACUGGUUGCAAUACUAAAAGCGAUGCAUCACGUUGUGGCAAUAAAAAAACUUUGGUGGGCCUACAUUUCAUAUAAUGUAACAUACAUUAACUGUCCAGGCGGCGCCACAGUCGUGCACGUAUCACAAACAUCUUGUCAUGUAGGAGUUUUUUUUCGAGUUAGGAUAUGAGAAAUAGUAAGUAAUUUGUUAAUUAAACAAAAAACUCGUCUUGUUGAUGUUCAACAUUAGAAUUAAAAAAAAACAGCAUUCAAGAACUUCAGUAGGUAUCUAAAGGGGCCCAAUGAUUAACAGUCCACCGGACGGUAUCGGCCUGUCAGUUGUUCGGACCUGUCAACUUUUGGUUCUAACUGACAGGCCGAUACCGUCCGGCGGAUGGUUAAUCAGUGGGCCCUUUACCUAUUAAAUCAUAACAUAUAUCUGGUACUGACUGUGUACUACAUACGUAAAUAACGUCUUUCAGGUUAAUAAUUUUGUCCUGAUUUUUCUCUUUGACGUUAGAAUGCCACUGAGAGCCGAAUUAUCAUGUAGUAAUUUUUUUUCUGUAACUGUGUUCUUGUUAUCUCUUCUGUCUUGUGUACGUAUUUAGGUAAUCUUUACAUGUAGGUACAGUACAAAAGUAUCUGCUAUCCCGGAUAACUUUUCCACAUACCUAUAGACAGGUCUCUAAAAUUCACGUUCAAAAGUAUCUUUUAUAGUCUCAAUUGUUCUACAUAUAAAUACAUCACUUUUUGUUAGGCUGUUACAGAUUAGUAGAUAUUACUUUUGACCCUGACUGUACAUGUAAUAACCCUGCGAUAAAUAUAGCACAUCCGAAUUUCGGCUUCGUAGAGCGUUGUCUUUUUCUCUCUCUUUGUCUCCAAUAGUCUAUUUCUAAAGACCGAAUAGACCGACGUGCAAUAUUUAACGCCGCGGGUACUGUGCGUCCGCACUAAGUCAAAAAUAAAUAAAUAAAAACAUAUUUUUAUAAUCGUCUCUUCUAAAUUCUAAAUUGUCCAUUUCAUCAUUAGUACGAUUACAUUACAAGAUAUGUGUAUUGCAUGGACGUGUUUCUAUUUAUUAGUAAAUGUAACAACUAACAACCAUUUACCUAGAAUAAGAAAUCUAUAGUAAGGUCAAUGCAGAUACAAAUCCGUCUGUGGGAAAUUCCAUAAGUAGCCGAACGAGUAUUUAUAAUUACAGUUAACUUCAUCGAUAGUCGCUAUUGCUUCUAGUUCCAGCUUCCAGCAGUCAAAAUAAGACUCGUCUGUCUUUGACGUUUGAAACAACCCGCAGACGAUUUAGCCGCACUGACCUUGCCUAUAUUUUAAUUCCUAAAUAUUAUCUGAAAAUUCAAAGAAUAAAAUAUACAAUAAAUAACUAUUUUCGUUUAGUACUUACUUACAAACGGUCUCAACGAUGAAUGAUGAUGAAUAAUAGGGCAUUAAAAUGUUUUAAUAAUUCAGUACUUAAGUUAAGUACUUUUAAAGUACGCAGUAGAUAUGCCAAUAAUAAAACAUAUGACGCAACACCUACGUUGGGCAUUGAGGAUUUAACAACUGGGCUAUAACCGCGUAAAUCGAAGUUCGUCAAUUGCGGGCAUUUUUCUCUGUCACUCUAAUUAGACAACUAUAUAUUUUUUUUAGUUUUUAGAUUCUGUUAUUUUAGAAGUUAGAGGGGGGAGGGGACACACAUUUUAUCACUUUGGAAGUGUCUCUCGCGCAAACUAUUCAGUUUAGAAAAAAAUGAUAUUAGAAACCUCGAUAUCAUUUUUGAAGACCUAUCCAUAGAUACCCCACACGUAUGGGUUUGAUGAAAAA